AUGGGAAACACGGCUUCGCAACAGAUUUCUAAUCAAAAUUCCUUAAAGAGGUUCAGUUCGCCUCGCCAUCCCAGACAUCAGUCUGUCAGCCGGGGCUCCCAGGGCUCCCAUCCAACCACCAGCUCACCCGGCGUAGAUCCGACAAGUGUAUCGAGAGAGAGAGAUUCUUCGGAGGCUAAGCAUAGUAGAGAUUCAAGGAGAGAUACAACGAAGGAGAGAGAUGGAAAACACUACGUUCAUCGCUCACUGCGCGUGAAAAAGAAAUCCCUCGAGCUCCCCGACCUCGCACCGCUUUCCUUGAAUCCAUAUCAGCCUACCAAUCAAACGAGCAGUAGAACAAGUUCGACAUCUUUCUCAAAGUCACCUUCCAUUCCAAUCCCUGGACAACAAGAGUCUCAUCGACACAGAUCCGUCAACGCGGUCGAUUUUUACCAGCCGCCGCCGCCCCAAUUAGUCCAACCGACCUAUCGAGACGCUGCCCGUAAGACUGGCCAUCAGCAAUCGGUUCAACCUACAGCACCACAUGUUCCUCAUCCGUCACUUCCUCCCUUCCUCCAGCCUUCAAUCACACACACAUCCGGACUGCUGACUCCGUACGCGUCGACAAGCUCCUUCAGAGAGUCUUCAAGUUCGCCCGGCGGAGAUUCUAGUUCGAUUGCUACCCCCGCUCAAUCAUCGUUCGAUGACCAUGCAGGAGAUAUUACUAUCACAGCUGAUAUAUCCGAGGCUGUCGUGGAAUCUUCUCAAUUCAAUCCACUCACAGUAAAUUCCUCCAUUCCCUUGGGAAUAACCAAAGUCGAAGAGGAUACUGUUCUACCUCUUCCAUUGCCCCCGGUUUCCGUCAUAGCCGACCUCGUCGGUUCUACACAGUCUCAAACUGACGGAGGGAAGAGACGAGAAAGCUCCGAUGGCGGCGACACGGAAGAUAUCAUGGUCAAGAUAUCAUGGCAUGGCGGUGGUAAUGAGGUGUUUUUGGCCCGUCAAGGUGAUGAGAAAUAUAUGAACAAGAUGAAAAUGGAACGCGAAGGUUCCUCAAACACUUUUAGCACUGCUCUCUAUCUCGCUCACGGAACUCAUCAUAUCCGCUUCUUCGUGGAUGAACAGUGGAGAGUUGCCGACGAUUUGCCGGCUACUGUCGAUGAUCUCGGAGGCCUCGCAAAUUAUGUUGCGGUUGGGCCCGGAUUUGCGGAUAAGACCUUGCCCGGCUCUCCUUUACCUACCUCCCCGCCCAUGUCUACGGCAACUUCGGUGAUACUUUUAAAUACACCUAAAUCUGGUACAGCACACAAGGUGGAACCACAUACACCUCCGCGGAAUCUAAUAUCAACCGGUUACUCUUUCUGGGAUCAACCGGACGACGACGAUGAGGACCCUCAAGUAGAACCGGUGACUACUUCACCACCAGGCCAGCUGCGGACUAAAAUGGCUGGUUCAACCCCUACUGGCCUGAUGCGACUUACCACGACAAAUACCUACGUUCCGAAAUGGACGAAUGAGAUUCCGUUGGAGCUCAUAGAGGCGGCAGCACAAGAGGAGGCCUUCCUGGCGCAUCAACAGGUACAGCAAGCACAUUACUACAAUAAAGGAAGAGGUUACCCACGAACCCAAAAUGGGUUCAUGCCUCUUCCCAACAUCCCACCCGCCCCCCGCCUUCCAAGGAUUCUCGAAAAGCUAAUCCUCAAUCAACAACAAAUCGUCAGGAACACUGUUACAUCCGCAAGCGCGGCAGGUCCACUAGCCGGUGCCAGCUUAGCCUCCCCAGGUGGUAUCACAAACCGGAUUGGAGGGAUACCCACUCAAAAUAGAGAACGGGAGAGUAGAGACCGGGUGAGAUCACCGAUACGUGAUCGCGAACGCGACCGGGAAAGGAUUGGAGGUGUCGACCGGAGGCGAGAACGGGAUAAACGGAGUCUCGGUAUGACAACUACCACUCCAAUCGAGGAGAAAGAGUUCGACCUUAGUAGCUCUAGAGACAGGGAAGAGCGGCUCUUACCUGUCACAACGGCUAGUGGAACAGAUAUUACUGGGACUCCAGAGAAGCCAUCAUUACCACCUUCCCGUGAUAGCCCGAGAGAAGGUCGACCGAUGAGUCCUCCAUCGCGAGGCGAGAGGCCUGACCAGUUUGGGACAGGGAGGCAUCCGGCGGUGGUUGACAAUCGAACGAUCGCAGAUGAUUCAUCUGUUUUGCCUGUUCCUUCGCACGUCGUCAUACACCAUCUCUGCACCUCUGCCAUCAAGAACGGAGUUCUGGGGGUGGGUGCGACGACGCGGUACAAGAAAAAGUACAUGUCAAGUGUUUAUUACAAACCGACUUAG